UGUUAAUGAUUGCAGAGGACUUGGAAAGCAGGCUGGCAAUGAUGGAGACCCUGCUUACCGACCAGUUGAAUGUGCUGAAAACCAUGAUUCUGAAUGUCGAGGACAAACUGGGAAAUCAGGAGGAACAAUACAAGAAACAGUUUCGCAGAGUGCAAGCAACUCUGAUGCGACGGAUUCCGACUGCGACUGGGUCUACCUCGGUGGGAGCUGCUGUUUCUGGAACUUCUUUGAAACCCACAGACGAAAGUUUCUACGGGAGACACGCAAUGCCGAGAAAUUUGCAGCCAACAUCGACUUCGCCUCCUGGAAGUGGCCCGAGCACGAGUGGGAAUCAGAAUAAACCCGAGGCCACGAGCAAUAAGCACUUCGCGGAUUUGGACGAAACUGUGGUUCCCGGAGAUGACCAUCACGGCAUAUUGGCCGGUGCUGAUCAGGUUUUCGGCACUGACACGAUGCAGGAAGUGUCGGACUCCUUCCGGUUAAGCUAUUUGGACCACGGGCAGGACGUGGGCAAAUUCGACGCCGGGUCUCGCCAGUACGAAAUAGACACUUACAAUGCGACCAUUUCCGAACUCAAUGGACAACGAGUCUACAGCCUACCAUCAAUGAUCAGCAAAUUCAUCCUGAAUAGGAUCCAAGUUGGGCAAACAUGUUUAUAC